AGCAGGAUUUGUUAGAGACUCGUCACUGACAUCGCGGGACAAAUGAGCGCUUCUUGUCUUUUCCCCCCUUUACAGUACGCUUCCAGCGUUUUUCUUCUUCUUUUUUUUUGUACUCAGCUGAUUCUUAUAAUCUGACAGCGCGCCUCGGAUGUGCUUUGUGCUGUUUAUUCGACCUGCUGCUGGAGAGCGAACGGGAAAGAGGUUUCUAUGGGACCCUGUGAAUGUGUGUGAGUGAGUGUGAGUGUAUGUGUGUGUGUGUACUUCCAGUGGACGGACGAACGGAAGACCUGACCGUACGCACAGAGAAAAGAAGAAAUAAAGGAGUGUGAUAUUUUUUUUCAUGAUGUGGCAGGCAUCGGAUCGAGUUUUUUGUUGAUAUUUUGUUGCAACUUGGAAAACUUUCUUUGUUUUUAUGUGGAAAUAAAGCGGUUGAAUUAGCUUUGAUCGGAAGGAUCAAACAGCGCACUUUUACGCGACACUAGUGCCAAGACGCGGAAACACCACCAGGACGAGGGGGUUAAACAUAAACCCAACACUGUUUUUUUUUUAAUUAUAAUUAUUAAUAUUUUGUGAAAUUGUAUAGACGUUUAUAGUUUUCAUCAUACAUCAGGGUUGCAAGUUAUCAACUUGCACAAGCCUUUUUUUAUUAUUAUAAUUUGAAUUCCCUGGCACAGACGAAGCAAUACCGCGUAUAUGUGUAUGAGUGUAAUAACCAUCAGGAUGAGCUGCAGCUGAGACCGGGUUUUGUGAACACUUUUCUCCUGAACUUUACUGGCUCUGAUCCGCGGAACAUGAAGCCGGCCACCUGUCUGCUCGCUACACUCCUGGCUCUGUGUUUACCUCUCCGCUCCUGGACAGCAGCUCUCCCCGGCCAUGAAGUGGCAAGCUUCAUGGUGACCCAGUGGGAAUUGGACGACGUGGCCAACAUCAGCACUUUCCUAUUGGACCGGGAGUCUGGAAUACUCUACCUGGGGGCACGAGACAUGAUUGUUGCCGUGGAUACUACCAACAAAUUAAAGUCUCCUAAGAUUGUAUGGAAUGUUCCAGAAGAGAAAAGCAAAUCCUGUGUGACGAAAGGAAAGACUGAGGCCGACUGCAAUAAUUACAUCCGCCUCCUGGAGUUCCUGGGAGAUGGACGCAUUUAUGCCUGUGGCACAUACGCCUUCGACCCCCAGUGUGCCUUUGUGAAUAUCUCAACCUUUUCACUGGAAAAAUUAGAGGAUGGCAAGGAGAAGAUGGAGACUGGAAAAGGGAAAUGCCCUUUUGAGCCCAGCCAACACUAUACUGCAGUCAUGGCAGGGGGAAUCCUGUAUACUGCUACUACAAGUAACUUCCUAGGAACUCUCUUUGAUAUCUCCAGAGUAACAGGCAUUGAGCAAGAGCGCAUCCGGACUGAACGGUCCAUUAACUGGCUUAGUGAUCCCGAGUUCAUCAGCUCAGCCUUCAUCCAAGAGGAUCAAAAGAACAACCCGACAGGAGAAGAUGACAAGAUCUAUUUCUUCUUUACUGAGGUGGCCAAAGAAUAUGACCUCUACACCAAGGUCAAAGUGCCCAGGGUGGCUCGAGUGUGUAAGUCUGAUGUCGGAGGCAUGAAGACCUUACAGAGACGCUGGACAACAUUCCUUAAGGCUCAGUUGGUGUGUGAGGAUCGAGGGAGUCGCCAGCGCUUUAACAUUCUGACUGAUGUCUUUACCAAACAGCACACGCCAGGAGACCCCAGCAGCACACACUUCUAUGGUAUCUUCACCUCGCAAUGGGAGAGGGAGGAAAUGUCUGCAGUGUGUGUAUACAGUCUGGAGGACAUCACUAAGGUGAUGGAUGGCCCCUUUAAAGAGCUGAAAAAGACUUGUGAGAACUGGAUGAACCCAGAGCCAGUGCCUACACCCAGACCAGGCCAGUGUCUAAACAGCGCUCUUAAAGCAGAGGGCUACGACUCGUCCCUGAAGCUGCCUGAUAAAGUGCUGACGUUCAUGCGGGACCACCCUCUCAUGGAGAACAGUGUAGUGUCAGCACCCCUACUCGUCAGGAGUGGAGUUACAUACACCAAACUGGCUGUAACGCUGACCUCCGUCUCCAAUGGCAACCGCAAACUUAAUGCUACUGUUCUGCAUCUUGGGACAGAUCAUGGAGAGCUUCACAGAAUUGCAGUAGUGGGCCCGAAUGCAACACUUCUGCAAGAACUCCCUCUUUUUCCAGCCUCAGAGCCCAUCAACAACAUCCUUCUAUACAAGGACGAGGCUUUAGUCGGUUCUCCUUACUCUCUGGUGAAGUUGCGUACAGAAGGCUGCUCUCUCUACACUACCUGUGAAGUGUGCGCGCGUGCACGGUCACUCGGCUGUGUUUGGAGACAGAAGGAGGCUGCCUGCGGCCUGGCCAUUACAGAACUUGGUGAAGAUUCAAUCAGUCGGUGUGGAAGAAGUGAAGAUAGUUGCUCUCCUGAGAUAAAAGAACUGCAUGUUGCAGAGGGGCUGCAUGUGAUGCUGCCCUGCGUUCAGGUCUCGCCUCGUCCCUGCCACUGGCAGCACCCACCCCAAAGACAUACGCGACGACACCUCUCUGACCUGGAGGUACGGGUCACUUCGGAAAGCAACGGCACCUAUGUGUGUUUCUGCGAGGAAGCCGGGCGAGAGCAGCCAGACUGUCCCAGGGCUGCAUACAGAAUCCUCCUCCAGGAGUCGAGUGCCACUUUGAGCAUCAAGCAAGCAUCCAGCCGUCAAUUCAUGGUCGGGUACAUAAUGUUCUUGUUUAUCGGCGCUUUACUCGGCAGCUUGCUUAUGUGUUUACUUCACCGGCGUUUCAAGAGAGGAGGAAGCGGUCAUUCUUCAUCCACCUCAGAAAAAGGGCGGGACCUGUUGCCCUCUUCGGACACACCCCAGUCACCCAGCAGCGCUAGUAUGUUCUCUGAUGCGCCUCCUUUUACAGAGAAAAGGAACGGGACACUGAAUGGACACGGAGGACAUAUUCCUGAGCGAAAGUGUGGAUAUAUUUUUGCCAAUUCAAGUGGACACAAGCUGCAUGAUACAUCAGUCCACCUUGGGGAAGAAUUUCCUGGCCGGGAGAGGGCGGGGCCAGAAGGAGAAGAGGAGGGACUAGGGGAUGGACUCAGUGAACUAGGGGAUGGACUAGGAGGACUGGAGGAGGAACUUGCUAAGUUGCAUGUGCUAAGAGGAGCGCCUUUAGCGCAGUGUGAAGAAAGCUCCAUCUGAGGACACCUAGCACAGAACUGUACGCAUAAACACAUGUACGUCCUUCUCACUACCUAUACAUUCAUGUGGUAGGUUGUAGCAAAUCUGGAAAAGCAAACACAAGGAGGUGUGUGAAGGCAAAUGUAAAGGCCUUCAAUGACAAACACACAUACACACACCCAAUACGAAUUUUUCGUUAUCGGGAGCUAGUCUCAUGCUUGUAUGGAGCAUAGGGUGUUCAUAAGUGUAUGAAUGUUUUAUUGACCUGAGUGUUAGAAGCAAGCUUUGGUUAACUGCUCUCACCACUGUGUUUCGCCUCCUUCAACACAAUCACACACUCCCUGUACUGAAUGUGGCAUGUGUGCAUGCUUAACCUCUUGCUGAGCUAUUUUAGCCCAGGACUGAACAAUCCAAAUCCGUCUUGGACUCUCACGAAUUGAGAAGUCAAACCAAACUAUAUUUGACUAUUUAACACCAAAAGAUCCAUCAGCUUUAAGGAAAGUUUCUCACACCUUUAAGAUCACACACUCUUAUUGUUCAGUAGGAAGUCCAGUUUUCAGGGGUGGGAUGGAGAACACAACCAUGUCUGCACAUCUGCCACCUGCCCACAUGAGAUCUCAGACGUGCCGCAAAUCCACUGUGCUGAAUGCAGGGGUAUCAUGAAUAUGAUCAUAUAAGAGUGACAGGUGAAAUCUAACAGCCUAUAACUAAAAUUUAAUAUAUAUAUAUUAAUUUAUACCUAAAAUAAUAAAAUAAACUGAUGACAUUCAGAGGAAAAUUACCUUACUGCCGAAUGUUUUAGUUUCCUUAUUGAAGUCGUCUUCUGGGAUGAAACUUUAUAAUCACCAAAGUAAAGCAGGGAAAAAAAAUCCAGGAGAAAAGUUUUUGUCCAAACUCAGUGAGGAUAGAGGUUGUGUUUGUACCAAGAAAGUGGAGCUAAACUUCUAACUUAACUGGUUUGGUAUUCAUAACGAUGUCUAUAACAAAUAUUGUACAUGUUUGUGAAUACGUAAAGAUCUCGCUGUUGAUUUUGUAGUGGCAUUUAAUCCUUACUACCAUUGUGACAGUCUGAAUUGUUGUCUGGAUUGUUUUUUUUGUUGUUUUUUUUAGGUUUGUCACUGCCAUUUGACUUCCUGUGACCUCCCCCUUCAGUUUAGUAUUGUUUUUGUUGUGGUUAGCGUGACGGUUUUGUGUAAUGGAAAUGUAACACUCAGGAGACCAAGUGUGCAGCUGUGUACAGCAGGGGUCUCUGUAUGUGUUUCAUUUUAAAAACAUGGUCUACCAUCAGCACUUCGUAGCAUGAUAAUCACAGGUACAUAUUUAAGAUAUUAUUAAAAAAUGAAGUACUAUUUCCAUUCCACACUUUACUCAUCUCUUAAAAUCAAUAUUAUAGAGUGAACUAAUAUUCCUGAGUGUUACGUUUCCUGUUUUUGCUUCUGAAUAAAACCAUGUCAAUUAAUGUACAGAUGUUAUAUUGAGGUUUUAUUUUUAUAAUUUAUAUAAUAAAUAUAAAUGUAAAUUUGUUUUCAACAAAGAUGUUUGUGUGAGCAUGAUUGUAUGAAAGAAUUGUGCUUUGAUUUUUUUUUUUUA